AUGCCCGACCUGUAUGGGGCAAGUGCUGACCGCAGCAACCCCCUGCCGCCCACACUGCACCGACGCCUCGUGACGGGCCAGCAGGGGCAGCUGCGCGCAGACGGGCGCUGCAUUUUCAUUGGGGACGUUCACGGGUGCGUGUGCGAGCUGCGCGCAUUGCUGGCAGAGGUGGUGCAGCUGCUGCGGGAGCUGGGGGCGUUCUGCGUGAGGGGCAACAACGACGACGAGGCGCUCGCCGCCCACGCGGCGUGGCGGCGGGGCGAGGCUGUCGCCGACAAGUUUGACUUUGUGGGCGACCUGCAGGAUGAGGACACCGCCUUCCUGGCGCGCCUGCCAUUCAGCAUCAGCCUGCCGGAGUACUCGGUGGUCGUGGUGCACGCGGGACUGGUGCCGGCCACGCCGCUGUGGCGACAGCCGCUUCAAGCCAUCACCACGAUGCGGGUGCUGCUGCGGGACGCGGGCGGAGGGUGGCUGCCCUGGGAGGGCAAGAAGACCCCGACGCCCCUGGGCGCGAGGCCCUGGGCGCAGUGCUGGCCCGGCCCGCCCCACGUCAUUUUUGGCCACGACUCCAAGCGCAGCCUCCAGCGCGAGUCCUGCGCGACCGGCCUCGACACAGCAUGCGCGUCCGGCGGCGCCCUGACGGCGGCCGUGCUGCCCCCGCUGGACGUGCUGCGGCAGUCGGAGGCGUUCAGGCGCAAGGUGGACGCGCGGGAGCCGGUGACACUGGACGAUCUGGGGGGCGUGCUGGUGAGCGUGCCCUCGGCGCAGCCCUACUCACCGCCUUGA